AGCAGUGUAAUUGUCCAAGCUUGUCAACGGGAACAAGCGAAGUAAUUAGCGCGAACUCUGAUCACAAGCACAGCGGGUGAAUUUAUGUUUUACUGCUUUCCCACUGCUAAGAAUUAGUCAAACAUUUACGGUGUGAGCUUUCGAGCGAGUUCGACGGCGAAUUUAGGCAAGCAGAAGGUAAUCAAAGCUCAAACUACGUAGUGCGGCACCGUGUCUGAAGUGGCAAGAUUUUGUGUUUAGAGCACAGUUGAUUGCGUUUGGAAGAUUUAUCAACAAUGGCCUCUUUCUACGGAUUUCUUGUUUUGCUGGCUUGCGUUUCUACUGGUUUUGGUCAAGAUAAUGAUAAGCAACCGUCCUGUACAACAGUGAAGAUGGCCUACAGACUAAAAAGACUAGCAGAAAGUGAUGUACCUCAAGCGGCGGUAGAUGGAGAUGACCUUCGCGUCUGUCCGAAAGACAACGGCAAGCAGUGCUGCUCGCAGCGAAUGGAAGUUCGCUUCGGUUCCUUGGCUGGCAACGAUUUCGACAAAUCGGCGUCGUCAAAAGUUAGGGAAAUCAGAGGUCUUUUCAACGAGCAAGCCAAGACGUUUGACGAUUACUUUCGUGGAUUGAUCAAGAAAUCCCAGCAAGAGUUACACACAAUGUUUGAGAAAAUUUAUGGUUCCCACUAUGUGCAGAACACCAAGAUAUUCAUGGAUUUGUUUGUUGAGCUCACAAAUUACUACGAUGGAGCGACAAGUUCAGAUGUUUCAAGUAUCAUGAAUACCUUCUUCAAAAAUCUAAUGCGUCGCAUGUUUGAAAUCAUGAAUGGCCAGUUCCAGUUCACCAGUGCAUACCUGGAUUGUGUCUCGCGGCACAUGGAGAAACUAGCUCCUUUUGGAGAUGUGCCUGAAAAGUUGACACCGCAAGUACGAAAAGUAUUGAUUUAUGCAAGAACUUUUACACAAGCUCUUCAUGCAGGUAGAGAAGUCAUCCACUCACUUGAAAAUGCUGUUUCUUCCAAUGACUGUAAGAAUCAGCUAAUCAAGAUGAAAUACUGCUCAUGGUGUAAAGCAAUGACAUCAUUAAAGCCUUGUUUUAAGUUUUGCACUGAUGUACACAAAGAUUGUCUGGCUGAUGUGGCCAAGGUCAACACUCAAUGGCAAAGAUACAUGACAGCAUUAAAUGAGCUCCUGGAGAAGCAGGCAGGGGCAACCAACAUUCAUGAUGUAAUGACACGAUUACAUCUGAAGAUUUCAUUUGCCAUCAUGAACUUCCAAACUGAGAAGUCGGAUGAUGUGAGAACAAAGGUAUUCCAGUCUAAGGAAUGUGGAAGUCCUGGUCGCACGAAGCGAUCUACAGAUGAUUUUUUCCUAGAAGGCAACAGCAGACAAAGAAGAGAUGAUGAAGCUUUAGCUAGAACGUCUUCACAAGUUAACUUUGAUAGAUUGAGUACAAACUACAAAGCAAAAAUGAAGGUGGCAGAUAACUUCUGGAUUAACCUGCCAGAAAGAAUGUGUGGUGACAUUUCUGCUAAAGAUAAGAACUCAGAUUGUUGGAAUGGUAUUGGCAAAGGAAGGUAAAUAUUCAGCCAGACUUCAUCUGUACCAAAGAUUACCUGGCAACUUGAACUAACACCCUAUAGGCAUUUACAUGUACUCCGAAGUGUGUUUGAUUAUUGUACUGAACGUAGAAUUGCACCCUGCUCUGAUGUCCCUCAACCCAAAGAUAACUCACUUUUAAGGCUGCAGAUAUUAUUUCUGAGCCUUGGACAGACCUCUAAUUCAUAUGUAUUGUGUUAUAAAGUGUAAAAAGAUACAUAUUAACUAAAAAAUUUCAGUUUUAUAUUUGAAAGCUAACUGUUGCACCUGAAGCCAGGAGAUAGGAAAGGGAGGGGGGGUCAGGAUCUACAAAAUGUGUUAAUAAUUGAUAUAGCUGUCACCAAAAUAAUUGAAGGGGUGAGUGCAAAACCAUGCUAAGUGACGAUUUGGGUGAAAAAAAAAAUUUUCGCGA